AUGAGCGCACUAAAGUGCGUGGUUGAAGGCUGCAAUUUAGAAUACGAUGUAGUCUGCAGCUUCUCAUUUUACAAUGCCAAUAUAUCGUCUGACAAUGACGUCAAGCGCCAGGAGUGGAUCGAGGGCGCCAUGCACGAGGAGAGUGAAUGCCUCUGGAGGCAUGUCAGCUUGCAGCUAUGCGGGUAUCAUUUCGAGCUGGACAACCAGGGACUAUGGAUCGACUCGCCAAUGUUACCUGAACUCCUUACUCAGCAGGAAACGGCAGCACCUAUUCAGCAGAGCGCCACAGAUAAAAAACUGGCCGAAAUAAUCCGUAUGGAGCACAACUACAGCGUGGAGCCGAUCAAAAAGGAGUCGCCCGAAAGUGUCUCCAGGUUGAACGUGAGACAGCUAGUGGAUACAUUGGGAUACUUAUCCCUCAAGAACCUUCAAAGGAAACAACUGUGGGUUGUCAAGGUUGAGACUGAUAAGGCAGAAGCUUCGAUCACGCAGUCAGAACAAGUUAUUACCAAGAUGCCGGAUCCCAGGCAGAUUAUAGAGAUAAUACCUCAGACUUCAACAGCCCAGGGCCAGAACUCCGAAGUCCUCCAAAUAAUGGACGACAACACGAUCUCUGAUAAUUUUAUUUACGAAAUCGCAGAAGAACAAGAGAUCACAAUGGAAGAAGUGAAAGAAAUACCAGCUACAGAAAACACAGAGUGGACAGUCAACAUACUACCGGACGACACCAAACCAAAGUAUGCAUAUAUUAAACAUUGCUCUUCUGGCAAAAAGAAGAGGCACUUCACAGCGGAGAUGAAUGAAAUAACUCUUCAAGGUGAUUUCGAGAAUUACUACAUUCUACCUGAUGUAGACCCAACCGUAGGAGUAGAAAUCACAACAAGCUACGAACCAGAAAACUAUAUCGUCGAAGAAUACCAACAUUUAGUUCUCGACGAGAGACCUAAGAAGAGAACAAAAGAGGACUCCGGCAAGAAGAAAAAGAAAAGGCUAUCUACUGGGCCAGUUAAAGAAGAAGGCGAUUGGGUGAUUGAGAAUAAUAUUGUUUUUGAACAGGAUGAGGAUUAUGAUGACCCUAAAAAAGUUGCCUCCAGGGUCAGAAGAAAAAAUAAAAAAUAUUUAGGGUAUGAUUUUGUUACUUAA